AUGUACAAGAUUGAAAAAGACUACGGUAGCUACAAACAUAAAUUUCAGCACGUCCAUGGGGUACUUCAAGAGGUGAAGGUGUUGCAGGACGCCGGGCAACACAUUAAUGACAUGUGGUUGAAGCGAAAGGUUCUAGAAAAUCAGGGAAACACUGAGCACGACAAGAGUAACAGCUUUGAUGCCGAGGAUGUGGAAGGCACAUGGGGUCGGGUGGACGCACGGGCACACUCCUACAAAGCACGGCUUAAGGGCAUGGACUACGACGGUAGCGCCAACCUCAGCAGUGCGCUGCCAGACGUGACGGAGGACGCGCCGCUUGAUAUGAAGAAGACAAUACGGAAGAUUGCCCCGCUUGUGAAGGAUGGAGAAAAGAUACUUGCGAGUUUUCCUGGUGCACCGUAA